AUGAGUAAGCCAUUGAAAGUCGGGGACAAGUUCCCAGAAGGAGUCAAGUUUGAAUGGGCUCCAAUUACCGACCCAUCGCCGACUUCUUGCGGUAUACCACAAACAUACGAUGCAUCCAAGGAGUUUGCUGGCAAGAAGGUGGUGCUAGUCUCGGUUCCCGGGGCUUUCACACCAGGCUGCCAAGCUUACCACAUCCCUCCUUACUUCAGCAACCUCGAUAAGCUCCUUCAAAAAGGCGUCGACUUGGUUAUUGUCAUUGCCUCCAAUGACGCAUGGGUCAUGGCGGCUUGGGGAAAGGUCAAUGGCGCGAAAGAGGAUACCAAGAUCCGUUUCAUGAGCGAUACCAAGACAUUCUUUAGCAAGAACUAUGGAUGGGAUGCUGGAAUGGGCGACCGAAACGGGCGCUACGUUUUUGUCAUCGACGACGGAAAGAUUACCGUUGCAGACGCAGAAGAUGGACCUGGCAAAGUGACGGUCUCUGGCGCUGAGUCCGUCCUUUCGAAGCUUUGA